AUGCAGCUCGGCGGCGGAGGCAAGCAAACAUUGGGGAGAAACCGUGCCUCAGGCUACCUUUACCCCGCGUAUCGCGCGCUCCCAGCCCCAUCUCCUCGACCCAGAGCAAUUGAUCAGCUCGUGAACUGGUGGGUUGGCUGGUAUGAAGUAAAUUUGGCCUACUCGGCAGUUUUUAUAGAGAUUCUCUUAGGUGAAACCAAUUGGACCGAAUUCCGUCUUCAGCGUCAUAAAGCAUUCGCGCAAUGGUCUCUUCAAUUCACCCCUAUUCAGAGCCCACCGCGGCCUGCCUUCAGCCAACCAAGCCAAGGAAACAAGCCUGUUUGGUAUAUGGCAGAAUUCUUUCCACUUGAUUCCAACCAUAACACUAAGACCUUUUCUAAACAAGGCAUGUCGUCGACGGAAAAAACGAUGCGAUGUACGUCCCCCGAGAAAGACCCACGCCCCGCAUUUUUGUCUCCACAAGCUGACUCUGGAAAAUGUCCUGAGGAACCUACAAGCUGCAGUGUGGUGUGUGUUUUCGCUUUACAAUUCUGGCGUAUCGGUAAUCUGGCUCUCGCUGACUACAUCACGGAUCAAGACAAGGGCAGCAACUACCGCGUUACGCACACCGACGACAUCGUCCCCAAGCUGCCUCCGGAGCUGCUGGGCUACCACAACUUCAGCCCGGAGUAUUGGAUCACCAGUGGUAACUAUUUUCUCGUUCCUUGUCCUGCCAGCUUCUAA